ACAUUUUCGUGUCCUUUCGCGCCAUUAUUAAUUUCCGCGGGAGAUAUUUUUUUGUUGAGAAAAAUGUGGAUCCAAGUAAGAACCUUCGAUGGAUCAAAAUCAUUGCAAGUUGACAAUUUGUCAAAGCUGACGAAGAUCGAAGAUUUACGAGAUCGUCUAGUAGAACAUUUUGACGCACCCGUUGACAGUCAACGACUGUUUUAUAGGGGAAAACAGCUUGUAGAUGGGCACACACUAUUUGACUACAGUGUUGGACUCAAUGACCUCAUCCAGUUGAUGAUCAAAGCUCCUCCUCCUGCUCAGGACACAAAAGAGACCGAAAAAGAUGGUGACACUAGAGAAAAUGGAUCAGAUAAAGAAAAUGAGCCGGAACAAUCGGAAGAAAAAGAGAAAAGUGAUAUAGAUCUGCAAGACAGCACAUACAAGAUUGGAGAUGUGAUAGAUGCACGUGAUAUUGCUAUGGGUGCAUGGUUCGAAUCAACAAUUAUGAAGGUCACCAAGUCUACCUCAAAGCCAGAUAAGUCCGAGAAACAAGUUGACAGUAUAAAACCAGUCUUGUCAGAAAGCAGUUUGAAAACGGCAGACAACAAAGCUGAAAAUAAAAACAAUACACCCAAAAAGGGGCGUGAAAAUUCUUCCAAAGCAAAGGAUGUUAAUGAAAACGUGAAAAGUGAUAAAUCCGAAGCAAUGGAUACUGAUGACACGCCUACUAGUGAUAGUAAAACCUCAGGAAUAAAGACAUAUGAUAAACUAUUUGACAAUGUGUUGAAGGAUGAUGGCUUUGUGUACCAUAUUGUAUAUGAAGGUUAUGAUGAAGAUGAUCAUGUGCAGCUUACGUGUAAAGACAUAAGACCUCGUGCUCGUUCUAAUAUUAAGUUUUCAGACGUAAAGGUAGGGAGUGCAGUGAUGGCUAAUUAUAACAUAGAAGAGCCAGAUGAACGAGGGUUUUGGUAUGACUGUGUUAUAACAGACAAAACUGACACAAGGACAGUAAAGAAAUUGUCAGCUACUGUGUAUUUUGGGCCUGACCUUUCACCUUUAGAAAAUUGUAACCUAUUAUUUGUUGAUGAAAUUUUUGCUGUGGAAGUAGCUGGUACCCAGCUAACUGCUGAAGACUUAGCUGCCAACCCAAGCAUGUCACCUGUAAAAAGAACAAACAAGCCCGACUGUGAUCACUGUCUGGACAACCCUAAGAGGAAAUGUAAACAUUGUGCUUGCUGCGUGUGCGGAGGGAAACACGAGCCAGAGAAUCAAAUAAUAUGUGAUGAGUGUAACAGUGCAUAUCAUUUACAGUGUAUGGACCCACCUCUAGACAAAAUUCCAGAAGAUGAUGAAUGGUAUUGUCCAAAGUGCAAGCUGGAUGAUUCAAUAAUUGUAAAAGCAGGAGAAAAACUGAAAGAAAGUAAAAAGAAAUCAAAGAUGGCUUCUAAACAGGGAAACAGUAGCAGGGAUUGGGGUCGGGGUAUGGCUUGUGUAGGAAGGCAGAAAGUGUGUUCAGUUGUUCCAAUGAAUCAUUUUGGCCCAAUACCAGGUGUUGAAGUGGGAACAAUGUGGAAAUUCAGGGUGCAGGUGAGUGAAGCUGGUGUACACAGACCUCAUGUAGCAGGCAUUGCUGGUAGAGAAAAAGAUGGGGCAUAUUCCAUUGUGUUAUCUGGUGGAUAUGAAGAUGAUACUGAUAAUGGUGAGUCGUUCUUUUACACUGGUAGUGGAGGGCGUGACUUGUCAGGAAAUAAACGAACAGCAGAACAAUCAUGCGACCAAACCCUUACUAGAAUGAACAGAGCUCUUGCAAUCAAUUGCAAUGCACCUUUAGACAAUAAAAAUGGAAGUACAUCAAAAGAUUGGAGGAAAGGCAAACCUGUGAGGGUAGUGAGAAACUGUAAGCUGGCUAAACACUCUGAAUAUGCUCCUGAAGAGGGAAACAGAUACGAUGGCAUUUAUAAGAUAGUAAAGUACUGGCCACAAAAGGGUCAAUCUGGUUUCUUAGUCUGGCGUUAUUUAAUGCAAAGAGAUGAUCCAACCCCGGCUCCAUGGACUGCUGAAGGCAAGAAAAGAACAAAGCAGCUUGGAUUAGUUAUGCAGUAUCCAGAAGGCUACCUAGAGGCCCAGGCCCUGAAAGAAAAAGAAAAGGAAGAGUCUGAUACUCCUAAAGGUAAAGGCAAGGGGAAACGUAAACGUAAUAACAGCGAGGAAAAUGAAGAAAACAGUCCAAGCAAGAAGGUGAAGAAAGUUGCUGCAUACAAGAUUGACGAUGCUGUAUCUAAACUGAUUAAACAAGACAAAGAGAACAAGAAACUCUGGGAUGAAGCUCGUGAAUUUACAAAAGAGGGUGGACAGAAAUUUUUACAGAAAAUUGAAGAGUUAUUUACAUGUAUCUGUUGUCAGGACUUGACAUUCAAACCCGUUACAACAACUUGUCAACACAAUAUGUGCAAGACGUGUAUUCAGCGAUCAUUUAAAGCAGACGUGACUACCUGUCCAGCUUGUAGAACAGAGUUAGGCAAAGACUAUAAAAUGCCCGUUAACACAGUUCUCUCCGAUAUUCUUCUUAAAUUCUUCCCGGGAUAUGAUGCUGGCAGAUAGAUGAUAAUGUGCCCACAAAUAGUGCUAUAAUUGUUUCCUAGCAAAUUGUUUCUGUCUUAUGUGAAUUAAAUCUUAAUGUGUUCAAACCACUUAAAUACAUUAGAGAAAGUCAUAUUUUAGAAUGUAUUAAUUGUGUAUGAAAUGUAGAAAAAAAUUUAAGUCAUAAUAUUUAGAAAUUAGUUUUGUAUAAAAUAUGAGGGGAGGGGGGCUAUUUGUGAUUGAUUUGCAACAUAUUUUACAGUUACCAACACGGGCUUUUUUCAGGCUUGUACAUGAUUUAAUACCUCCUAGGCUUUUUUCGCAGUCUGGGGAAGCAGCCCUUCCCCUAAUUUUAGGGAAACAUAUGCAUUAUUGUAAAAGGGGGAAGAAAAAACUUGAUGUCAAUUCAAUUUUUGGGGAAAACUGCAUGAUUUUAAAGAAUUUUUGUAUUAAUGGCCCCAGCUAUAGAAGGGGGAAAAGUCCUGACCUCAUUUAGUAGAAUUUUAGGUUUUUUAAUUUCCUGUCAACUUCAAAGUAGCAUUGAUGUGUACAGGUAGCUAUUUCCUUUAAUAUAGUUGAAACUUGGUGCUUUAAAUUUAAUUUAGACUGUAAACUUGAAAUAUUGUAGAUUGAAUAUUGGAACAUGUUAUAAAGUGAAAUAUGUAUUAUUGUGUAGCUUGAUGCAGUUAUUUAGAAUAUCUUUUAUGUUUAAAAUGUCUUCUGCAUGAUGCAUGUAAGAAUUUUAAGGUGUGUAACACAGAUUUUUAAAAAAAAAUUAAAUUAUGAUAGUUAAAAUGACAAGGCUCAUUUCUUUUGGCCAUGUUGCAUUGAAUUAGUAAUAUGUUUUAAAAGAUU